CCCAAAUAUAUUUUGCGUCGAUAUACCAGAGGACCACAACAUAUCAUUAAUUCUUGUAAUUUGUGCGGUCUUGUGGAGAAGAACAUUGGUUUAUGUGGAUGUCACUUUGUUCCCCUGAUUGUAACUGCUGGAACAGUGGACGGCUGCUGGCUUCCAGAGAGCUCGCUGUCAGAACCGCGGGGCUGCGCGUUGACAGAUGACGGGGGCGCGCUUCAACAUCGGAAAAUGUGACACACCGUCCAUGCAGGAGGUGGACUCCAAUCAAGUUGUGGAAACAUCUCAAGGAUUAUCAAUGCAACCAGGAUGCACCUGAGCCCAAUUUCGAGUCUCAUAGCAAAGGGUCUGAAUACUUAAGAUGAUGUGAACUCUGACCUCUGGCGGUUGGUGUACUGAUGAUGACGAAGCUAACCGUACUAAACUUUUGACCCAUCCAACUGCCUCUGAACAGGUCCAAGCACCACCAUGCCUCAGCCAGGUAGCAGUGGGAUGGAGCCUGUCUUUGGUGAGGCCUAUGGGACCAACGGGUUAUCUGUGACCUUAGAGCCAUUCACCAUCUCUCCUACAGGGGGCAGUGCAGAGUCAGACAACUGUCCUAAGGGUGUGGUGGUGAUGUUGGGGGCCCCAGCCCUGUCCCUGUGUCGAGGCCAGCAGCCUGGAUGUGAGCUACUCAGUGAUCUCUUGGAGGAUGUGAUCACUGACGACACACACACCUCCGAGCGUCGCUGGGACAUCUCGGCCCUGGAUGACAUCACACACUACGCCAAAGGCAGCCCAGAGGGGGCACCACCGAGCUGCGAGUGCUCCUUUGUCUCACCUGAGGGAGGCAGAGAAAAACCAUGGUUAUCCCUAAGACCAGAGGACAGGCAGCCGAGGAACCCCACAGACCUCACACCCUGUGUAGGGUUGGGGGCUGGACACCUCCUCCUGGCUGGUAGAUAUCCGGAGUCCUGGAGCCAAGAGGCUGGAGGGCGGGAGAGUGAAGCUAGGGAAGGGCUGCAGCAGGUGGGGCAGGAAGAGAUGGUGCAUAACUACUCUCUACAGAGUGAGCCAGACACUGAGUCUAGUCAAGGAACAGACAGCGAUAUUGAAGAGGAGGAGAAGGAGGAAGAUGGGAAAGAGGAAGAGGAGAAGGGGACAGAAGCCAUGGAGGAAGAGAAAGGGAAGGAAGAGGAGGAGCUUCAGUCCCAUAAGAGACAAAAGAAACGCCGGCGUUACUGGGAAUGUAGCCUCUUCAGUGAGGCAGACCUGGGGAGAGAUGGAGAGAAAGAGAGAUUGAGAGCCAAAUGGAGAGAUGGAGAGAAAGAUAGACGGAGAGCCGAAGAGAGAUAUGAAGAAAGAGAUGAAGAUAAAUAUGAAGGAGAUAUAAUCUGUGGCCCUAGCACCCUACCCACCACCAUGUGCCUGAAAGAGGGGACCUCCACCAAUGGUAAGCGAGGCCAGAGAAAAGCCCGUCGUACAGAUGCCAGUGACCUGACCCCCAGCCCUGGGAAGCUACAGAGCUUGGGAGAGCAGCUCCAUACACUCAGCUCUGCUCUGGAGGGCCUGACUCCUGUCAGUGACCUGCCUGUUACUGCCAGGACCCCAACACGAAAGGAGAGGAACAAACUGGCCUCCAGAGCGUGUCGGCUGAAGAAGAAAGCCCAGCAUGAGGCCAACAAAAUCAAGCUGUGGGGUCUGAACCAGGAGUAUGAUGGCCUGUUGUGGGCAGUGCUGCAGAUAAAGGAGCUGAUCCGCCAGAGAGUGGAGAGCAGAGAGGAAGACAUAGGGAGAGGAGGUCUGAGAGAGAGACUGGAGGACAUUCUGAAGGAAUCAGCUGGGCCACGUGUAGCAGGACGAGGCAAAGCGUUUGUGGAGAGGAUCUUGAAGAACCCUGCCGGGGGACAGAGCACCAGAGAGACUAAGGGAGAAGGAGGGUCAUCAGACCCUAGCCACUAACCUCUUCUCCCCACCAGAGUCACUAUCCCGCCCCUUCUUGCUUCACUUUGCACUUUCUAACAUGGAGAGAAGGUAGGAUAGGCAGGCAGGCAGGCAGACAGACAGAUAGAGAGCAUCUGCUGUGCCUCUAGCUGUUACAGUAUAGCUGAUGAGUGUCUCAGAACAUUAACGUCUGGCAUGUUUGUUUAAGAUUGUGUGCAUAAUUCCAGUGUAUCUAUUGCAUUAUGUACUAUAGUGUAUACCAUCGUGCCUAAAGGAGGACACUGUGUGCUGCUAGCUAGUCGUAGUUAUACACUAUUAUGGAAGAACAGGGAGAGGAGUGACAGUGAGUAUGGUGCUUAUAACAGUGGACAUGAUGACUAAGCUGUUUAUCUUGAUGUCCAUUUUGAAUCGUACUGUAAACCAAAAGUGCAUAGAUAAACAGACAGACAGGGGGAAGGACUUUGGCAUCACGUGAAUGUUGCACAGUGCUUCUCAAAGAUGCUGAAUGCUGCUUGCAUGGUCGUUUUAUAUGUCUCUGCAUUCCUUAAAGUAAAUUAUGUUUCUCUACAGAUCCUCUUUAAAACUGAUGUCAUAAUGUACUGUACUUCUCUACAGAGGAACCUGUGUAGAGGAUAAAAAUAACCUUAAACCAGGGAAACUCCCGUCCUCAGGAGGGCCCUGUGUUUUCUGGUUUAUUUUCUUCCUGCAAAUCAGUGACUGGACUGCUACCUGGGAAACCUGGCCCCAUGUUCACAAAGAGUCUCGGGGUGCUGAUCUAGGAUCAGUAGAUCAUAAUUAAUAGGAUUACAUGGACGGGGGGGACCUAAUCCUAGAUCAGCAUUCCUUCCCUGAGACACUUUUUUAACAUGGGCCCAGGCGUGUCUUCUCUCGGCAAUGAGUGAUUAAGUGCCACAGGGAGAAGAGAGAACAGCACUGCACCCCUGAUUACUAUAGUUGUCCAUCCAUGUCCUAAACCCACAGUACUGUAACUGUUAGAGUGAUCCACAUCAAUGGUUUCAAAUCUGAUUAAUAUAUUUCAUAUAUCUGAUUAAUCUAUCUGAUUUUUCAUCUGAUUCAUCUAUAUAGGUCCACUGUGCUUUUUGUAGCCUGUGCCUUUGAAUGGUCUUUGAGAGCAAUAUAUUAAUACGCACACCACCACAUCUUUCUCUGCUUCUCUUUGUGCUGCUGAGAAUAUAGAAAACACAACUCAUUCAGAGACAACAAAUACCCUCCCAUACAAACCUAAACGUUUACUAUUCUCUCAUUUGCAAAAUGGCCAAUGUGAUUUUUGAGAGGAAAGGUGUAGUGUGGCCAUUCGGUCAGUAUAGUCCCUAUAAUCCCAAGCCUGUAUUCAUAAAGCAUCUUAAAAUGCUGAUCUACGAUCAUUUUAGAUCAUGAUGAAUCAGAUUACCUGGACGGGGGGGACCUGAUCCUAGAUCAGCUUUUAUUUACAUUUAAGUCAAGCCAGCUAGAUGUGACACUCCUACUCUAGGACUCUUUAUGGAUAUGGACCCAGAGCUUUACUUCACUCUAAGUCCUGUCAUUGCACUUCAUGUACUUGAAUGUAGGAGCACAGUAGUCUAUUUACUUGAAAGAUGGAGCACAUUGAGAAAUACAAGGCCCUGCUUCAGUAUAUUACUGACACAGCAGGGGUCAUGAACUGCCCAGCCACAGUUCUUGGCAAUAAUCCUCAAUUGGAUGGAUGAGUGACCAUAUCCUCAAUUGGAUGGAUGAGUGACCAUAUCCUCAAUUGGAUGGACGAGUGACCAUAUCCUCAAUUGGAUGGACGAGUGACCAUAUCCUCAAUUGGAUGGAUGAGUGACCAUAUCCUCAAUUAAUCCCCAACAAUAAUGGUACUGUUCAUAAAAGUAUUAUGUCUUAACAUGCGUGCACAAACACACACAUGAAAACGAAGUGAUACAAAAAAUAACGUCAUAUAGAUGAUCAUAACUAAUAAUUGAGAAGUUUGCACAUUUAUUGAAUUUAUAGAUUUUGAAGAAGUGCUGUAUAUCAUGAUCAAGGGAACAGAUUUUCCUGGGAAAUGAACAUGUAUGGAGUUAUAGGCCGUAACAGACCAGGCCUUAACAGACCAGGCCUUAACAGACCAGUUAUAGGCCUUAACAGACCAGUUAUAGGCCUUAAAAGCCCAGGCCUUAACAGACCAGUUAUCGGCCUUAACAGACCAGGCCUUAACAGACCAGGCCUUAACAUACCAGUUAUAGGCCUUAACAGACCAGUUAUAGGCCUUAACAGACCAGGCCUUAACAGACCAGGCCUUAACAGACCAGGCCUUAACAUACCAGUUAUAGGCCUUAACAGACCAGUUAUAGGCC